GCCCAGCACAGAACCUUAAAAAAAUCCUCUGUUUCCUCUCUCUCUCUCUGUCUCUGUCUCUGUCUCUCUCUGCGACAUCGUCUUCUUCACCAAACCCCCUUCCCCUCGCCUGCAAAUACUCCCCUCCUCCACAUCCAGCGCGCAUCCCCUGCUCAUCCCGCGCGAACCCUUUUCGCCGGACGCCCCCAAACGCCCGCAUUCUCCUCCUCCCGCCGCCGACCGCCGCCGCCGCCGCCGGAGAUGGGGAAGGGAGGGUCGCUGAGCGAGGGGCUGGUGCGGAAGAUCGUGCUGUCCUACACCUACGUCGCCGUCUGGAUCUUCCUCUCCUUCACCGUCAUCGUGUACAACAAGUACAUCCUCGACCGGAAGCUCUACGGCUGGCCCUUCCCCAUCUCCCUCACCCUCCUCCACAUGUCCUUCUGCUCCGCCCUCGCGUUCCUCCUCGUCAAUGUCCUCAAGGUGGUGGAGCCUGUCGCCAUGUCCCGCGAGCUCUACCUCUCCUCCGUCGUCCCCAUCGGCGCCCUCUACGCCCUCUCCCUCUGGCUCUCCAACUCGGCCUACAUCUACCUCUCCGUCUCCUUCAUCCAGAUGCUCAAGGCCCUUAUGCCCGUCGCCGUCUACUCCAUCGGGGUCUUGCUGAAAAGAGAGACCUUCAAGUCCCAGACCAUGAUGAACAUGGUGUCGAUCUCGCUCGGCGUCGGCGUCGCCGCGUACGGCGAGGCCAAGUUCGACGGCUGGGGCGUGGCCCUCCAGCUCGGCGCCGUCGCCUUCGAGGCCACGCGGCUGGUCCUGAUCCAGAUCCUGCUCACCUCCAAGGGGAUCCAGCUGAACCCCAUCACGUCGCUGUACUACGUCGCCCCGUGCUGCCUCGUCUUCCUGCUCGUGCCGUGGGUCUUCGUGGAGUACCCGGUGCUCGCGGAGGCCUCCAGCUUCCGGCCCGACCUCGUGGUCUUCGGGACCAACUCGCUCUGCGCGUUCGCGCUCAACCUGGCCGUGUUCCUGCUCGUCGGGAAGACCUCGGCGCUGACGAUGAACGUGGCGGGCGUGGUGAAGGACUGGCUGCUGAUCGCCUUCUCGUGGUCGGUGAUCAAGGACACGGUGACGCCGGUGAACCUGUUCGGGUACGGGCUCGCGUUCCUCGGGGUCGGGUACUACAACCACUCGAAGCUGCAGGGGCUAAAGGCGAAGGAGGCGCAGAAGAAGGCGGCGGCGCAGGCGGGCGAGGGGGAGGCCCUGAGGUUGCUGGAGCAGAGUGAAGGAGAUGGGUCGAUGGGAGAGAAGAGGGACAAUCAAGCCUGAGAUUGAUUCCUCGAAUACAAACGCGAAUUGGGCAAAUGGAGGAGGACUUUUGGGCAAUGGAGUUGAAUAUUGAGUGCAUGCAAGAAUCAAUUUGGGGGGGUGAUUGCUCUCUCAACGUGCUCUUUGGGUGAAUCUUGUUGAUUAGGCAGAGAGUAUGCAAAUGCAUUCUUGCAGUUUCUUGCUCUGCUUCUUCACACGCUGUUCAUGAGGUUUCUUUCUUUUACUUUCAAUUAGUAGUUAGUGCACUUGAAAGCCUUAUUUACUAGAGGUGAAGAAUCUCUUGUUGCUAGUCAAUUUCCUCUAUUGUUGCAAAUUUUGGUCCUUUUUUGUGAUCCUAAAACCUCCUCCUCACUUAUGGAGAUUUGUUCCUGAUUUUGCCCUUGAUCUUUUGUGCCAUGUCCCGUGAAGGCCUUCUUUUGUUGACUGCUUUGUAGACACUAAAAGCAGGCUGUCACAUUGAAUAAAAAUGGUGCCUUGGCUCUUUAA